GGCUAGGUUUGUGUUGCACGGGACUCCGUUUUUUAUUGUGCUAUUUAUUUAAGCGGUAAUCCUUGCAUUAAAAUGUUUUACGACCGGAUAGUGUUGCAAAAUUGUCAACGUCCCUCCUGUAGGCUUUAAUCGCUAAUGCUAUUUCUGUCGUUUCAAUGGCAAGACAGCGAUUAAAGGUACAGACGCCUAUCGAUUAUUAUUGUCCAGCCAGCUAGGUAAGACACUUUAUGAAUAUUGCAUUUGCAAUGCGUUUGCAUACUGUUUAAUACGCUCUGAUAUGAUCGCAAUGUUGCUAAACUGAUUUAUAGGUUAAUAAUAUUCGCAACAAUUAAUCCCAUCUCGGCUCAAUCGGACAAUAAUAAAAUCGCAUGUCGUGCGAAUCGGCUCAGUCAAAUGCACUGGUAUUGAAUGCAAUUUGUGGUGAAAACUUGAUCGCGGCAGGUUGUCGUGGUGUAUCAAAGUGAAUCGGAAAGGCCAGAGCGGAUUGAACGAUCAAGGUGGCUAAAACUGGAGAGAUAAGAUGGGCUCGGACUUUCGGAGUGAGGAGAUGUGCUUGGCGCAGCUGUUCCUGCAGUCUGGUUCGGCGUACGACUGCAUCAGCGAACUGGGAGAAAUGGGACUGGUCGAAUUUCGAGAUCUUAACCCCAGUGUCAGCUCGUUCCAGCGUCGCUUCGUCAGUGAGAUCAAGAGAUGUGAGGAAAUGGAGAGGAUUCUGGGGUAUCUGCUGAGGGAAAUUAAGAAGGCUAAUAUUGCAGUGCCAGAACCUGAAAUCCUUCCUGUUGCCCCUGCACCCAAAAAUGUCUUGGAGAUCAUGGAGCAGCUGCAGAGGCUGGAGGUGGAGCUCAGCGAGGUCACCAAGAAUAAAGAAAAACUCCAGCGGAAUCUGCUUGAGCUGACGGAGUACACACACAUGCUGAGAAUCACACACACCUUCAUGCACAGCCGCUCCAGGCAUGAAGCUCUGGGGCCUCAGUAUGAGGAGUUCCCCUCUCUGGAGACUGAAUCAGUGACAGGCUGCACCAGUAUGCAGAGACUGGGCGCCAAACUUGGGUUUAUCUCAGGGUUGAUUCAGCGGGUGAAGGUGGAGGCGUUUGAGCGGAUGCUCUGGCGGGUCUGUAAAGGUUUCACUAUCCUCAGUUAUGCAGAGGUGGACGAGAGCCUGGCAGAUCUCGACACAGGUGAAAUAAAUAAGAAUAUAGUGUUCCUUAUCUCCUUCUGGGGUGACCAGAUUGGACAGAAGGUUCAGAAAAUUUGUGACUGUUACCAUUGUCAUCUCUACCCUUAUCCUGAGACGGACGAAGAAAGGGCAGAUGUGAUGGACAAUCUAAGGACACGUAUCCAAGACUUACAAAACGUUUUGCACCGUACGGAGGAUUACUUGAAGCAGGUCCUGCAUAAGGCGUCUGAGUCAGUGCACUCCUGGGUGCUCCAAGUGAAGAAGAUGAAAGCAAUCUAUCACAUACUCAACCUCUGCAGCUUUGAUGUCACUAACAAGUGUCUGAUCGCUGAAGUGUGGUGUCCGGUCAGUGACCUGGCGAACCUGAGGAGGGCGCUAGAGGAGGGCUCGAGAAAAGGUGACGCCACGGUCCCAUCCUUCGUUAACCGUAUCCCGAGCAGUGACACUCCACCGACCCUUUUAAGGAGCAACAAGUUUACCUCAGGCUUCCAGAGUAUAGUGGAGGCUUAUGGAGUAGGAGACUAUAGAGAAGCCAGCCCAGCUCCUUAUACCAUAAUCACCUUUCCCUUCCUGUUUGCGGUGAUGUUUGGAGAUCUUGGUCAUGGUUCAGUCAUGGCACUCUUUGCUCUGUGGAUGGUGUUGACUGAGAAGGACCACACACGCAGACGACCAGGAAAUGAGAUCUGGAGGAUGUUUUUUGAUGGGCGCUACAUCAUACUGAUGAUGGGACUGUUCUCCAUAUACACGGGACUCAUUUACAAUGAUUGUUUCUCUAAAUCCCUUAACAUCUUUGGCUCGGCCUGGAGUGUCAAGGCCAUGUUCACAGAACAGCAGUGGUCAAAUGAAACUCUUCAAACUAACGCCUUACUCAGCUUAGAUCCCAACGUUUCUGGAGUUUUUUCUGGACCGUAUCCACUAGGCAUCGAUCCAAUCUGGAACAUGGCCGUGAAUCGCCUGACCUUCCUCAACUCCUACAAAAUGAAGAUGUCUGUGAUCAUUGGAGUCAUUCACAUGAGCUUUGGGGUGGUGCUCAGUGUCUUCAACCACUUGCAUUUCAGACAGAAGUUUAAGAUCUAUCUUCUCUUUCUACCUGAGCUGCUCUUUUUGCUUUGUCUCUUUGGGUAUUUGGUCUUCAUGAUCUUUUACAAAUGGCUGGCGUUCUCAGCGCAAGACUCUCAUCUGGCUCCAAGCAUUCUCAUCCACUUUAUCGACAUGUUCCUCAUGCAGGAGAAUGCCGCUACACCCCUGUACCCCAGGCAGAUGGGGCUGCAGGUGUUUUUGGUGGUGGUGGCCCUGCUGUCGGUUCCAGUGUUGUUGCUGGGGAAACCUCUUUACCUCUACUGGCUGAAUCGUGGAGGGAAGAGCCUGGGGGUCCACAGGGUGUGUCUGUGUUUUUGUGGCUACCAGAGAGUUCGGCGUGUGAGUGAGGAAGAUCUGUCAUCUGUCGUGCAUGAUGAAGAAGAGGGACUAAGUGACUCGGGAGGACCUCAGGAGUUUGAUUUUGGGGACAUCUUCUUACAUCAAGCAAUUCAUACUAUAGAGUACUGUUUGGGCUGCAUCUCCAACACAGCCUCCUAUCUGCGUCUCUGGGCCCUAAGCCUUGCCCAUGCUCAGCUGUCAGAGGUAUUGUGGGUGAUGGUAAUGCGAGUGGGGCUGAGGGUGAGCUCCAGACUGGGCGUGCUUUUCCUUGUGCCUGUGUUUAGUGUCUUUGCCCUGCUCACCGUCUCCAUUCUUCUGGUUAUGGAGGGACUGUCUGCUUUCCUCCACGCUCUGCGUCUGCAUUGGGUGGAAUUUCAGAACAAAUUCUACAGUGGAACAGGUGUCAAAUUUGCACCUUUUGACUUUUCCCUGUUUCCUUCUGUCUUUGAACAAGAUGGUUUACUCUGACGGUGAUGGCACUUUGCCGAUGAACAGAAACCAUGAACUAUGACCUUUGAGCACUGGACAAUCACCUAGCAAUUUUAAGAGCAAAAUCUUGCAGCUCCAGUGCUGCUUCCUCUUUGCACUGCACCAGGAGACCUAACUGACAAGCCUUUUUGCACCCAUCCAUAUCAGAUGUAUGUGGUGCGGAUUAUCAGCUGUGGUUCCAUCAACAUGUACUGACAUUCAAGAAGUGUUUGUCUACAAAGCCCUGUUAUUAUAUUUAUCUAAAGAGAUAUGAAUUGUAUUUGCUAUUUCACCUUCAUAAGCAUUUGCUGGCAUAUCGAUUUUCAAAGUGCCAUAACUAUUUUUCAAUGUACAGUUUUAUACCCUACAUUGAAAUGUACUUUUGCUCGCUUUAUCUAGAUUCUCCAUGGAUCUUACACAUAGAAAUAUCUUUGAAAGUAAACCAUGGUGUAGGUAAUACUACACUGCAUCCUAUGAUGAACAAUGGCAAAUAUAAUUUUCAAUGUGUAUUAAAGCAUAAUUUACAAAAUGUAAAGUGAAAUGCAGUUGCUAAGGUAGCAUUAUUUAGUUUUUAUUUGUUCAAAAGGAAACUUAUGACAAUACGUUAUCCAUAUUUCAAACAAAACAUUUCUGCUUUUAAACACAUGUGCAUGCUUGCAACCUACAGAAAAUGCACUUCAUGAAACAAUGAGAACACAUUUAUUUUUUGUAUGUUUUCAUCGAAAUUCCUGUACAUUUACAUUUGUGUUUCGGUCGCUUAUAAAAAGCCAUUAUUACACAAAGAUGCUUGUGUGAGUGAAUAUAUGUUUUAAUCAUUUAAUUAUUAUUUGUCUAAAUUACAAGAUGUUCCUACUAUCUGCAAGACUUUUUACAGGGAAUUUUUUAAAGGUGCUGUGAAAGUCAUUGACUUCAGUAGAUCACAAAUUAUGAUUUUUGGAAGAAUAUCUCAGCUUUGUAGGUUAAUUUAAUGCAAGUAAAUGGUGGCCAGAACUUUGAAGCUUCAAAAACCACAUGAAGCAGCAUAAAAGUAAUCUAUACGACACCAGUGUUUAAAUCUGUGUCUUCAGAAGCGAUAUGAUAGGUGUGGGUGAGAAACAGAUCAAUAUUUAAAGCACUAUGUGCUGUACUAUGUAAGAUUUUUUUGGUUAAAAUGAUAAAAUUGCCAUUAUUGAUUGAGUACAUCAACAAUCAGUGUUCAAAACAAUGUACUUACCCCAAUUCACUAUGGUAAGCCUAUAAAAAUGAUUUAUUUUAGGAGCUGUCAGGGUCGAUUUGGCGCAAAAUCACUGGUUUCUGAUGUUCAUCCAUGUGCCAUUACAUCCAGGGUUGAGGAGUAACAGAAUACAUGUAACGGGAUUACGUAUUUAAAAUACAAAAUAUAAGUAACUGUAUUCCACUACAGUUACAAUUUAAAUCAUUGGUAAUUAGAAUACAGUUACAUUCAAAAAAUAUUUUGAUUACUGUUUAAUUGUCAGCUUUACGCUAAGUUAAAAUGCUAUUUCUAGACAUUUUACAUGUACAUGUUACCAGACACGAUCAUAUUUUUUUAUCAAGAAAAUUCACGUUGGAUCAUAAUUUCUUUUUUCUGGUAAGACCUUUGAUAUUAGGGCAAAAAUUGUAUUCUUGAAAACAAUUUUUGUAUUGUUUUCCUGUAAAAAUAUCUAAAAAUCCUUAAAACAAGAUCAGUUUGAUUUAUCUUGUUUUAGAAACAACACUGCAUAAGAUAUUUAGGUUUUUCAGAGAAUGUAUUUUUAACAUGUGUAUUUUGUUUUACUGUACUGGCAGAGUUUUUAUAGUCAAAACAAGUGAAAAAAUCUACCAGUGCUGAAGAAGUAAUCCAAAGUAUUUAGAAUAUGUUACUGACCUUGAGUAAUCUAAUGGAAUACGUUACAAAUUACAUUUUACAGCAUGUAUUCUGUCAUCUGUAGUGGAAUACAUUUCAGAAGUCACCCUCCCAACUCUGAUUACAUCAUGUCCGCACACACAGGAAGAAGUGCUGGCUGUCUCAUUUUCUGACUGGAGAAACUAACUACUGUUCAACUCAGUUCAGUAACACACACAGUUCAGGACAUCAUUGCAGUCUAGAUGGAUGUUUGUCUGUUACCCGUUUAGUUAAGUUGUUUACCUGCUAUAAUGCUUGGAUAUGUUGUCUGGUAGGGUUGUUGAAUCUUAUAUUGCUUGUCAUGCUUUUAUGAAUUGAACAUUACUCAUGUGUUAACCGAUCGCAAUGUAUCUACAUUGUCUGGUUAAGUUAUUGUGACAUGUUUAAAAUGUAUGACUUCUGAAAUUGACUUCAUGUAAUUGUUAUAUUGCAUAUUUAAGCAAAUUAUUUUUACAUUUAAUAAAGUAUAUUUUGUC